UGAAUAUAUAGCCCUGCAUGCUUCCCUCAUCAGACACAAGUUCAUAAUCUUGCAACAUGACUUCUAAACUGGCAAUUGUUCUUUUCAUGGUCCUGGUGGCUGUCUGUAUGACAAUGGCAGCACCUGAUCUAGAAACAGCUGAGUCCAGACAUGGAGGUGGCGGUGGAUAUGGAGGUGGCCAUGGUAGUCAUGGAGGUGGCCAUGGAAGUUAUGGAGGAUAUGGCGGUGGUCGUGGAGCUUAUGGAGGUGGUCAUGGAGGUUAUGGCGGUGGUCAUGGAGGUUAUGGCGGUGGUCAUGGAGGUUAUGGAGUUCAUGGAGGUGGCAGUUACGGACAUGGAGGUGGAAGCCAUGGAGGAUACGGUGGCAAGAAACAUCAUGGCUGAAAAAUUCACUAGAUUCAACUGCAAGUCCAUAAACAAUGCUUUCUUAUGUACAUAAAAUGUGAUAAAUAAGUUAUUAAGUUUUCUAACAAA